GUAGAAGAAGCUGAAGCCCAAGUUGAGAUUUGGAAGUACAUCUUUGGCUUCACAGACAUGGCCGUAGUUAGAUGCGCUAUCGAUCUUGGCAUACCCGACAUCCUCGAAAACCAAGAUGGCCGUCCCAUGUCCCUCUCCGAUCUAUCCUCCAACAUUGGAUGUUCUCCGUCUACCCUCCAUCGCAUCAUGCGGUUUUUAGUCAACCGUCGCAUCUUCCACCACCACGAGAAGUCGACAAUAGACCAGAAAUCUACAUCAUCCAAUUCCAAUGGCUACGUCAAAACUGCCCUUUCCAGUCUUCUCACAAAAAAUGGUGAUAAAAGCAUGGCCGCUUUUGUCGUGCUGCACACUAGUCCUUCCAUGUUGGCCCCAUGGCUAGGCCUAAGCAAGCGCGUUCUGACCGACUGCAAGUCACAUGCUUUUGAGGCUGCCAAUGGCAAGGACAUAUGGAGCUAUGCGGAAGCUAACUCCGAGCACAACAAGUUGUUGAAUGAUGCAAUGGCUUGUGAUUCCCGGUUGGUAGUCCCAGCCGUGAUUGAUGGUUGCUCUGAGCUGUUCCUUGGGCUAGAGUCGGUUGUGGACGUUGGAGGAGGGAAUGGCACGACAAUGAGGCUGCUUGUGGAGGCUUUUCCAUGGAUUCGUGGCAUAGUCUUUGAUCUUCCUCAUGUUAUUGCACAUGCAAAAGAAGAAUAUCAUGUUGGCCUAGACUACAUUGCGGGUGACAUGUUUCACGCUAUUCCCAAGGCUGAUUCCGUCUUCAUCAAGUGGGUUCUGCAUGACUGGGGAGACGAAGAGUGCAUUAAGAUCUUGAAAAACUGUAAAGAUGCCAUACCAAAGGAUAAAGGAAAAGUUAUAAUAGUGGAGGCAGUGAUUAGUGAAGAAGAUGAGAGGAAAAGUGAAAGUUUUGAGUAUGUGAAGCUAAUGUUGGACAUGGUGAUGAUGGCGGAAACUGAGACCGGCAAACAAAGGACAUCGAAAGAAUGGGAACAUGUCCUUGACCAAGCUGGCUUCUCCCAUCAUACAUUCCACUCCAUUCAAGCCGUUCAAUCUGUGAUCGUGGCUUAUCCUUGA